AUGGCAUCCGCCGUUGCUGCCAGUGGCGGCGCCAGAGUGUGCAUGAAGUCUGGGCAAGGUCAGGCAACUUUUGUCUUAGCGACCAAAAGCCCAAGAAAACUAAUGGCUAAACCAUCGUGCUGUAUGAAAAUUGACGGAGGCUUCGCCGGCGGAGCCCGGUCAGCUGUACAGGGUCGUCGGUCUGUGGCCUCGCCACUGGCUGCUGCCGCCGUUCCUGAAAAGCAGUCCGGCUUUGAACCCUCACCGUGGAGCGACUUCUUUACUGGAUAUGAGCCAGAACCACUGCAGAAGUCUGAGGAAUGGAUGUUGGUGAGAGCUAAUGAACUGAAGGAACAUGUAUGCAUGAUGUUUAAGUCUUGUAACAAUAUGGCAACGCAAAUUUGCUUACUGGAUACACUCCAACAUCUUGGAAUAGAUUACCACUUUAAAGAGCAGAUCGACACUAUUCUAAGCCAGAUCUUGGAGAGUGAAUUUUUUAGUAGCUCAAGCCUCAGUGAAGUUGCUCUAGGGUUUCGCUUGCUUAGGGAGCAUGGCCAUUGGGUUUCUCCAGAAUACUUUCUAUGUGUAGAAUUUAAAAGUGAUAUCCUACAUAGCAUGUGGUGGAACAAUUUUUCUAGAAAUAUUGGACUAAGUUAUAUUCGUUGUCGCGUGGUGGAGAGCUACACUUGGGCCUAUGUGGUAUAUUAUCAGAGAGGUUUCAAACUACCAAGACGUAUUAUCGCAAUGAUGAUUGUACUUAUUACGACUGUGGAUGACACAUAUGAUAUUCAUGCUACCAUAGAUGAUUGUCGGAAGUUACAUGAAGCCAUACAAAGCAACAAUGAUGACUGGUGUCGCCUCAGUAGGGCCAACACCCCGCCAUUGUCGUUAAUUAGACGAGUUCAAGAGUACCUCAAGAGGUUGUAUAUGGAGUUGCUGAUAACAUUUAAGAAUAUUGAGGAUGAAGUGCCAGCCAACGUCGACUACAAUGUUUCCUACCUUAGAAAAGCGUUUCAAAAUCACGUCAGCGGUUAUCUACAAGAAGCCGAAUGGUCACACAAUAAUCACUGGCCAAAAUUUGAAGAUCAAGUAAAUUUGACUAGCCUAACGGUAGGCGGACCAACACUAUCGUUGAGUGUGAUGGCAGGCGUGGAUAGAAAAAUAAUGAAGCAGUCACUCGAUUGGGCAGCUGGCGUACCCGACGUUGUUAUAGCAGGUGGAAAGAUUGUACGUUUCAUGAACGACAUUGCUGCAUUUAAGCGUCGGAAGUGCAAGGGUGAUGCAGCAAGCUCCGUGGAGUGUUACAUCCAUGAGCAUGGAGUCACAGACAAGGUGGCCAUUGCAAGGAUCGAUGAACUAAUAGAAGAGGAAUGGAAGAUUUUGAACAAAGCUCGCUUUGAAAAUCAUGCGCUUCUCCCAGCCUUGCAACCAAUUAUUGAUUUAGCACGCAGCUCGUCAUUGUUCUAUGAUAAUAGGAACGACGUGUACACAACAAGUACACAUCUUCAGGAGACUGUCGAGAGCCUAUUCCUCAAGCCCAUCUAG